UCAUGGAAGAGUAUACAUAACCGUAAUACAAAAGUAUUUUAGGUGUAUUACUGUUAUAUUUUGUGAUUUUGAAUAUUUCUUUUUACCAUUUGUCUCUUUAUAUUUAAUACGAUCGUAUUAUACUCCAUAAAAAAAUAUAAUGAACGGACCUAAACGUUUACAUAUUGUACCUACAAGUGGUGUAGGAGAAGGGAUAGGAAAAUAUAUAGGAAAACAAAAUGCUUAUUCUUCUUCACGGCAAAAAUCUGAAGGAAAACUAUUCGAAGCUGACUUAACAAAUAUACCUAUCAUAAAACAAUCUGACAACGCCAAAUUAUUGCCUAAAUAUACAAUUGUAGCUAAAUUGGUGGACGAUGGAAUUUCCAUGGAGGAUUUAGACCAAUUACAACAAGAUUUGGAAAAACUCUUAUCCACUAGUGCCGUCAGAAUUAGAUAUUUGCUUUCGGAAAUUGGAGAAAUUAAUAGAAACGACGAUACUCAUGAGAGAAAAGCUCAUGAAAAGACGUCUUUGAAAAGGAAACGACCUGACGAAAAGCCAAAAUUCAAGGAUUUAAAGAACGGGAUGAGAGUUAUGAGAAAAAGUUACGGCUUGCCUGUGAAUAAAUUUACAGGCGAAUCGCACCAACAAGAGAUCCCAAAAGUUACACUGCCAAAAAAUGAUAACUCAGACAAAUUUUGGGCUUCCAUAGAACCAUUUUGUACAAAUAUAACUAAAGAUGAUAUAGCGUUUUUGGAUAGCUUAAUUCAAGAAUUUUCUAAAGAAAUUGAUAUUAAAAUACCUGAUAUAGGUGAACAUUAUGCUAAUUCUUGGACGGAAGAAAUUAUUAAUGAGGAAUGUAAUUUGGGGAAGUCCCCGUCCAAGAAAUGUGCUACCAUUACCGAUCUAAAAAAAAAUGACAUCAACGUAAUGGUUGAAACUUUCUCAACACCACAAACACAAAAACUUUUAGGUGCUCUCUUAGAAGAAAGAAUUCUAAAUGCCAUUCCCAAAAAUGGAGACAAUGGUGCCAAAUCUACAAAUAUAAAAGCUGCUGAAAUCAGUAAAACAAAAACGUCUUCUACAAAUCAAAAAAUAGGAAUAUGUUUGGAUAGACGGUUGAAAAAGGAGCUACUAGAACAAGGAUUCCUCACUACUGAGGAUAUAACCAAAGAUAUGCCAGAGGAUGAAAUUUUGAAGGAAUUAAAAAAGUGUCAAGAGGAGUUAGUUACAGUGAAUGACCAUAAUAUCGAAGAACUCAAAAAAUUGAAAACGGUAGCUUGUAACGAAUUACAUUCCAAUGAGUUAAAGGAACAGCUUGAAAAAGUGGAUAAACAAGUACUAGAAUUGUACAAUAAAAUUAUUAUUAUAAGGAAAAAGGUUCAGCAGGAAGAAGGAGAAGAAUUGGAUAAAGCAAUGUUUACAGAGCAAAUUACCAAAGAGUUUGAAGCCAAAGCAGAUGCCUUAUUAAAACAACAAAUAGAACUAAAUCGUGAAAUAAAUGGUUUGAUGGAUACGCAAAUGACAUACUGAUGACUACAUCGAAUGCAAUUUGGCUUCUGCAAUUUGGACAAGUACUGUAGCUCAUUGCUUUUAAAGAUAAUUCAAAAUUUGACAAACCACAUCAGCUUUAUGCAAUUAUAUUGAUCAUGGAAUUCUUUUAUAUAUAGGUGACAUUUUUCAAGAUAUUAAGCAAUUUCAAUAUUUUAGUUUCAAAUUUUAUUUUA